ACGUUGUCAUUCAGGUGAAUGGGCCAUGCAAAAACGAGGCUGGCGCUGAAGAAUUACCAUCAACAUCAGAGGAGUCCUCAGCAGCAACAUCUCGCGGCCCAUGAGCGGGAGGGGGGUGCUUCGGUUUCUUGUGCUUCUUGUGGUCUAUAUUGUCAUUCAGGUGAAUGGUCCACGCAAAAACGAAGCUGAAGCUGAAGAAUUACCGUCAACAUCAGAGGAGUCCUCGGCAACAACAGCUCGCUCCCCAAUAGCGGGAGGGUGCCCGUGCUUCGGUUUCUUGUGCUUCUUGUGGUCUAUGUUGUCAUUCAGGUGAACAGUCCAUGAAAAAAUGAGGCUAGCGCUGAAGAAUUACCUUCG